CCAUUUUGGAAAACAAUCUAGUUGUGAGAUUUUUCAGCUCAGGUGGAAGGCCCAGCCAUGGAGGGCCUUGAGCAACUGGACAUGGUGGGUGAUAUCAGCCCGGCUCUGGAGGCUACGGAGGACUUCAUCCACUGCAUGGGGGGAAUCCAAGGCCAAGGUCCGAGCCAGGCUCCGACUGGAAGCCUCCAGCCUCCCAGGCAGCCGAAGCAGCUGCAGGAGGUGUCCAGCGCCGCGUUGGGGAAGCUGAGCUCCAGCGGAGUGUGGGGACUGCUGGCCAGAGAGCAGCCGGAGGUGGGACCCUUAGGUCUGGCCUGGGCCGACAACUUCAGCGUGUUGGGGCUAGGUGUGGGGUUGAGGCACGGCAAGAGGAGCAGAGCACGAUCCACCAACGACCUGGCAGCUCACACCAUGGAGUGUACCAAUAACACCGCCAACUCCUCGUCCAACUCAGCCUUCAAGAAGGGACACAGCCGGUCCAGAUCUGACGUCAACUACAGACCUUCUGCCUACACUGACAAUGGACUGCCCACCGUAGACUGCAACACGCUGAAGAACAUGAUCCUCAACCACCAGCAAGAGGCUGAUAAAAGCAGCAGUAGCAGCACUGUGGUGAAGCAGGGAGCGAUGGACCAGCGCGAGGGGCCCUGGGGCCGUUGGACAUCCUGUCAUGUUGAGCUGACACCCUGCGAGCUGCGUCUGUACACUCUGGACAGCAGCGCCAACCGACAGCUAGGCACAGCCUACUCUCUGUCACACUGCCAGAGCGUCAUCUCACCAGCACCUUGCAGCCAGCACGGCCAGAUCACCCAGACCGCCGACCAACGCACCCUCCAAGCCUUGUUCUUCAACAGCACACGCCUCCAGCUGAGGGCGGCCAACCAAUGGGAAGCCAUGGAGUGGAGACGGCUAAUGUGGGAAAAGGUGCAGGCAGUCAGACCUGUGAGGCAAGAGAACCGCCAGCGUAAGACCGCAAUGGAAAAGCAACAGGUUACCAACAAGUUCCCUGCACCCAUGUCGCCCUCCUCAUCGCCCUCGCCGUCGGGGCUCGACACCAGGCCCGACGGCGACAGCGACACCCCCGUCUCAGCAGAGGCAUCGCUCUCCUUACAGGCUAAUUGUCGUGUGACCAGACCCACCACCCUGCCCCUGUUCACCAAACGCUGCCAGGAUGUCCUCAAAGCUGGUUUGCUCCACCAACUGGUGGACCAGAACAACUGGCGGCCCUUCACCUUCGUCCUGACCAGAUCCUCUCUCCAGGCCUUCCCUACCGAGGGCCGAGGGUCCGUGUCGAAACCCGUCCUUCAGUACCCCCUGGCCUCCUGCUUGGACGUGCAGAAAGAUCAAGAGCCAGAGAACACAGUGCCAUGGACCGACAGAGGAGACUGUUUCCAGGCCGUCUUCCCCAAAGACGUACUCCGACUCAGAGCGGAUGAUCAGCUCAAGGCCCAGGAAUGGGUGGAGGCCCUGCAGGAGGCGGUGGGAUCGCAGCGGCCCGCGCAAGAAGAAGUCGGAGACUCGGGAGAAGGAGCUCCAGGCCUCCAGGAGGUGCUGUUGAGAUCUAAACCGUCUAGGGAGAGGAGGCAGCAGAGGGAGGCCCAGAGAGCCAAGCGACAGUCCGUCACCACCAGUUUCCUGAGUAUCCUCACCUGUCUGGCUGUGGAGAAGGGGCUCACUGCUCAGAGCUUCAGGUGUGCAGGUUGUCAGCGUCCAGUAGGUCUGUCCAAAGGAAAGGCCAAGGUCUGCUACUACAGUGGCUGGUACUACUGCCAGAGCUGCCAUCAAGACAACUCCUUCCUCAUCCCAGCACGCCUGCUGCACAACUGGGACACCAGCAAGCACAAGGUGUCCAAACAGGCCAAGGAGUUCCUGGAGUUUGUUUAUGAGGAGCCUCUGCUGGACGUCCAGCAGCUUAACCCGUGUCUGUACGAGCACUGCGAGCCUCUCAGUACGGUGCUACGGCUCCGUCAGCAGCUCCAGUCGCUUCGGGCCUACCUGUUCAGCUGCCGGGCAACCGUUGCCGAGGACCUCAGACGAAGAAUUUUCCCCAGGGAAUACCUGCUACAGCACAUUCACCUGUACUCCAUGGCAGACCUGCAGCAGGUGAUUGAUGGAAAACUGGCUCCGUUCUUGUCUAAAGUGAUCAAGUUCGCCAGCUCGCACGUGUUCAGCUGCAGCUUGUGUCGAGAGAAAGGCUUCAUCUGUGAGCUCUGUCACAACGGACAGGUCAUCUACCCCUUCCAGGAGAGCGCCACCAAGAGGUGCGACGGCUGCGGCGCUGUGUUCCACACCGAGUGUCGACAGAAAGCUCAGCCAUGUCCACGCUGCGUCCGCAGAGAACUCCACCACAAGAGGCCGUCCUCCUUCUGGUCUCCUGAUGAUGACAGCCCUGGGUGCUUCCACCUGCCCUACCAAGAUACCUGAGACACACACGCACAUUCACCACACUCACACACUCACACACACACACACACACACACACACACACACACACACACACACACACACACACACGUACAACAGCAGUAACAUUUAGGGUGCUGCCAGGCUGUGACUCUGGACAAAGUGCCUGUUUUUUCUGACUUGUGUGUGCACGCUGGUCUCCAACAGACUCACUUUAAAGCAGAACACGAGCUCACAGCAUUUGAUGUUUAUUUAUUUAUGUGUGUGUGUACCUGCAAACACACACACACACACACCUGAGCUAAUCAUGCAUUGAGCAGGGAGAAACCCAGCUGAAGGAACUGCU